AGAGAACUCUCCGGCGAUAAAGGAGAUAAAAAAAGCUAUGACGACGAUGAGUCUCCGCAAGCAAAACACUCGGCUCCCACCAGAAGUAAACCGCGUCCUCUACGUACGUAACCUCCCCUUCAACAUAACGAGCGAGGAAAUGUACGAUAUCUUCGGCAAGUACGGCGCGAUUCGCCAGAUCCGCAUCGGAUGCAACAAGGACACGAAAGGAACCGCCUUUGUCGUCUACGAAGACAUCUACGACGCGAAGAACGCCGUGGACCAUCUCUCCGGGUUCAACGUCGCGAAUCGGUACCUGAUCGUGCUCUACUACCAGCACGCGAAGAUGAGUAAGAAGUUUGAUCAGAAGAAGAAUGAGGAAGAGGUUGCUAAGUUGCAGGAGAAGUAUGGUGUCUCUACCAAAGAUAAGUAGACACGUGUCGUUAGAUUCGAUGUUAUCAUGCGAAUUAGUGUUUUUAAUUGGGGAGAAAUCGAUUUAGGGUUUUAAUUUGGGGAAAAGUUGAACCUUUUUGCUUAAUCUUGGUAUGUAUGUUGGACCAAGCUAUUGAAUUAGGGUUUCAGCUUCAUGUAGCUAUUAAUGUUGUAAAAAUUUGUGUGAUUUGCUGCAACAUUAUAGUUUCUGAAGGAUAUUUUUUGAGAACUUGCCAUUGUUGACGACGUUGUGUUCAGCUUUGUAUCUUUUCUGGAUUGGUUAGGGUUUUUGAUAAGAGGUUAAGAACGUAUAUCACUGACACAUACAAUAGAAUUUGAAAAAAGAAUCUUUUGGGGAUUGGUGUUCAGCUUUGUAUCUUUUGAGGAUUGGUUAGUGUUCAGCUUUGUAUCUUUUGAUGAUUGGUUAGUGUAGAGGGUAAGAACAUAUAUCACUAACUCAUACAUUAGAAUUGAAAAGAGAAUCUUUUGAGGAUUGGUUACUGUUCAGCUUUGUAUCUUUUGAGGAUUGGUUAGUGUUCAGCUUUGUAUCUUUUGAUGAUUGGUUAGUGUAGAGGGUAAGAACAUAUAUCACUAACUCAUACAUUAGAAUUGAAAAGAGAAUCUUUUGAGGAUUGGUUACUGUUCAGCUUUGUAUCUUUUGAGGAUUGGUUAGUGUUUUUGCUAAGAUGGUAAGAAUAUAUAUCUUUUGAGGAUUGGUGUUCAGCUUUGUAUCUUUUGAGGAUUGGUUAGUGUUUUUGCGAAGAGGGUAAGAACAUAUAACACUAACAAAUACAGUAGAAUUGAAAAAAAGAAUCUUUUAAGUACAUUGAGAAACCAGAAAAAAAUGUACAUAAAUCAAACACCUCCCCUCAAAUCUCCACUUUUUUUUUGUUUUCUACCUUCUUGAGCUUUCUCAUCUCUUAACGAUGUCCUCCUAUUGAAUCAUUAGUAAUCCGAGCAUGCUUUUAAUUUUUUGAUGUGUGCCUUGUCUUUCAUUGUUAAAAGGAAGAUGAGUUUUCUCUGACUCAUGUUCUGCUCUCUUUUGAUAUCUUCUCUCUUCCUCUACUUUUACAUUUGGUGUCAUUUAAAUGAAAGGUCACGCCGCUUCUUUGGGAUAGGAUCAGGGUUUCCUUUUCUCAUCAUUGCCACGAAUUCAUCAUAGUUUAUCCGGCCAUCCUGCAUUAGAAGUUUGGUUAUGUUAAUAAUGAGGUUGUUAGAUGCUUUGUUUCAGUUUGUGAAGGGGAGCGUUGUUGUUUCUUACAUUGUCUCCAUCGACCUCUGAGAUUAUUUCUUUGAUGUCUCUGCCAUCAUUCAUGCCAAACUCUCGGAGGGCUUGCUCCAGCUCUUCCAUUGUGAUAUAUCUGGGAACAGCGGGCAUUAUUUGAGGCUGAGUAUAGAUGUUCUUCUCUGUCAACUCUGUUGAUAUGCAUUGUGGCUGCGAUAAACUCACCAUAGUCUAUUGUUCCAUUACCAUCAGCAUCGGCCUAUAGAAUACCAUGGUUACAGAGAGCAAAAAUUAGAAAAUCAGUGCGAGUCCCUGUCGUAGCUCCUCGAGUGUAAUUGUUCCACUGUUAUCAGUGUCCAUACCUUUAAACAUCUCCUUCAGCCCCAUGAUCUCUUCCUCUGAUAAGCAACCUGCUAUCACCUGUUCAAGGGUUGUUUUGAGAUGCUUACUUAGAACUUGAGCAGCCGUUAGUCUUUGCUUGGGAUCAGAGUUGAGCAUCUUCUUAACAAGAUCCUUCGCCUGAGGUGAGAUUGAUGGCCAUGGAUCACUUGAGAAAUCAACAUGGCUCUUUAGGAUGGCGUUGAAUAUUCCAUUCUCCGAUUCUGUGAUCAUCAGACAAAGACAAAAAUGGAAUGACUUUACCAGCCCAGAAGGGUGGGACACCACAUAAGAGGAUAUACAACAUGACACCAAUACUCCAAAUAUCAGCUUCUGGUCCAUACUUCCUUUUCAAAACCUCAGGUGCAAUGUAAUAAGCACUACCCACAAUAUCCUUAAACACCUCUCCUGGCUUGUAGAAAACAGACAACCCAAAGUCAGUGGCCUUGAGAGGAGCCUUCUCAUCUUUGCUGAGCAAGAGAAAGUUCUCAGGCUUCAAAUCCCUGUGAAUAACCCCCAUGGAAUGACAAGUAUGAAUAAUUUGAACAAUCGUUCUCAGCAAGGAAGCAGCUGCUCUCUCCGAGUAAUGUCCUUUAGCAAUAAUCCUAUCAAACAACUCUCCACCUGCACAAAGCUCCAUGACCAAAUGCACAGAAUGCUUAUCCUCAUAAGCUCCUUUAAGCUCCACAAUGUUAGCUUGACCAGUCAGAGAUGCGUGACGCCAAACUGUCCUCUCCCUAGCUCUUUACCUAAAGAAUAUGAGGAUUUUACAUCUUCCAUGGGACGACCUAAGACAGGUCCUAUAGGGCCUUGUUUGGUUGCAGGAGGAGGAGAAGGAGGAGCGUGUUUGGAUUGUGGUACGGAGGCUUCAGCAGUUGGACCAGCGUUUGAAGCAGUUAUGCCGCGUGUGUCUCCGUUGUCGCCUGAGUCACGUCCGUUAGAGCAGCAGUUUCCCAUUGUUGCAUUAAAGGGUGAAGAGAGGAGAGGAAAGGAGGUAAAAGCUCAAGGAGGAAGAGAAGUUUCUUUGAGAGGUUUUUUGUGUUUUAUUCUUUUUUUUCUUCUUCUUUUGGUUU